UGAUUAUUUUGAAAUGCUUUGUUGAAUUGUGAUGAUUUUUGUUAUGUGUAAGCCAACGCAUAUUUGAUUUUGUAAUUUAAUCAAGAAAUUUAUAUAUGUUAUUUGUGAUUUAUUACUUUUAUUGCUAGUAUUCUCAUGUUAAAUUGAUCAUUUUUCGCAUAUCUCAUAGGUUCAAAUAUGUCAGAGUCUGAUGAGGGCGUAUCGACCUCAUUAUUAGGUAAUAGAGCUACAUCGCCACCUGUUGCCCAGCGAUCUUCAAAAUCUUUCGUCUCUCAAGUGAAGAACACGCUUUUCUCGUUCAUUAAGAAAGCAAAGGGAGAAGCAGAUACUGUAUCACAAAAGCAGAGAGGAUUGGAAUCCUUCACUGAGAGAGUUGCCACAUUUACUGUAUCAAAAUGGAUGGCAAAACCUCUUGCGUUGAGUCCUCCCCUAUUUGCUCAAUAUGGUUGGCAAUGUAUCGGUGUAGAUACUGUUAAAUGUUGUUCAUGUGCCGCUGUUAUGUGUGUCCGUCUUCCAUGGCCUGAUGCUGAUAAUUAUCGCCAGCAGUGCUUUGAUUACCGACAGAGAGUUAUAACAUCUCACAUGAAAAUAUGUUCAUGGCCGAGUUACCCAUGUUCCAAUUCAUUUGUUUCUCCGUUUUUUCACAGUAGUGCAUCACCAAGUGAGAUCUUAUCGCAGUAUCAAGAACGUGAAAAAAAUCUCAUAAAACUUGGAACAAAACUCCCGAAUUUAGAUCCAAACAUUACAACUGCUCUGAACUUGUCAAAGGCUGACCUAAGAGUUCUGUGUCAAACACAGCAGGAUUCAGAAAGUAACGCGAGUGAUACUGUCGAAUCUCAAUCUAACUUUACUGUUGAAAUAACAGCGGCAAUACUUGCGAUGUGUGGUUGGGAUACAAGUCACAGUUUAGAUUCAAAGUCACCAACUAUCAUAUGUGAAAAUUCAGGAAGGGUAAUGUCUCUACGAAACUUUUUCCAACUUGGAAGUAACUCUCUAUAUUCUGACAGCGAUGAGUCCCAUUCCCAAGCAGCUGCACUGCUUACUUCUAAUGGUCAAUCAACAUUAAAAAGACGAUUAAGCACAACAAAUGGUGAAGAUUCUCAGUCACCGAUCAAAAAAUUGAAAACGGCCACCGAAAGCGCUUUAGGUUCUCCUCGAGGAAAAACAAUCACAAAGCAGAACUUCCAUCCUUUGGAACAACAUUCACCUUGGUCGUUUUGGAUUACUACUCUAAACCCGAUAUCAAAAGUUGAGUUUGAAAGUGACGCUGCUAAAAAGGGAGCAUCCGUAAGUGACAAAGAUCAAAAUGACGAUUUAUAUCAUUUUAUUAUCAAUCCCACCAUGAAGGAAGCAAAGCCAGGGUGGUUGGCAGUCAAAAACACAAUCCUCGAUAAAAAGAACACAAGUGAAAAAGUGCAAAAUGUUACAAACGAAAGUUCGAACUCUAUUUCGGAUGGAAAUUCACCAGCCAGAGAUCAAACGAACCUCGACGCCAAAAUUGCUGCUUCCGGAAGUCCGGUAAUUCAUGUCAGAAAACUGUUAAAAGAAUGGUCUCGAUAUAAAUAGAUUUUCAUUAUUCAGUCAUAUUGAUCAUACAAGAAAUAACACAAUAUUUCUAGCAUAAGAUUUUUCCAACCAAACGCAGGAAUGCUUGAAAAUUAUAUUUGAAAUAAUGAAUAAAGUCGAGAGAAUUUGCAUAUAUUAGAAAUGCUGUUAUUGAACACUUUAAGAUGAGAAUGCUGCUCUUUAUAUGAAAUAACACAAUAUUUAAGGUAUAGGUAUAUGAAAUUGCAAAAAAGAAAAUGAUGGCAUAUUGUUUCAGAUACGCCUCUUAAGUAGUGGAACAGUGGUUUCUAUCAAAUUCUGCUUGCAUCUGGGUGCUUUAAAUAUUUUAUUAAGGUCGAAGUUCAAGUAUUUUUGAAUCUAACCACGAGUCAAGAUUUACCAGAUUCACUUUUUGUUUCAUCAACGCCUUUAUUAAUGACUUUGCUUUCGAAUCAUUUUGUGUGAUUGUCUAAUGCAGUGGUGCUCAGACGGUGGGGUGUGCCCCACUAGAGGGGGAUAGACAAUUUUUUUGUGGGGGCGUGAAGCUAAUUAAAAAUAAAAAUGAAUGGUACACAUAUUACAUUCCGAUGUCCGCCAUCUUGGUUUGCAUACCUCGGGAGCCCCACAAUUUUUGAUGGGGCGCGAAGCUAAUUAAAAAUAUUUGUUACAUGUGAUCUUCUGAAAAGGGGGCGCAAGUUUGAGAACCACUGGUCUAGCGUUUUUGUUUUAUUUUAAUACAAUGUUCACAUAGCAUGGUAAUUUACAGAGUGGUUCAUACUUAUCGAGUCAAAUUUGGCACUCUAUUGAAUUUUUCAAAUGUUAUUUCUCAUUCAAUAUUUGUUUUAUUAUUUGUCGCAGA